AAAAAAAAAGCUGAAAGCUUAAAAGCUGAAAGAAGGGUGAUUAUAUAACCGAAAGAAGAAGCCUUUUUUAUUAUUAUUUUCUUUGCUCCAUGGCUGUAGCUGUAUAUUCUGUCGUCCCCUCAUCUAUUAAUUAUCUACCCCAAUUUCUCCAUUUGUUUACGGUGAUCAAGUCUGAGAAGUAGAGAGAAUUUAUUCUGGGUUUUAGGCCUCGUGUUUCAUAGAAUUAUAUUAUCACUUAUCCAUAAGCGCACUUAUCCAUGUUAAGCAGCAAUAAUCCCUCUUCUUUUUCCGAGCCAUUUGCAUCCUCGGAAAAUGAAAACAAUAGUAAACGGAAAAGAAGGCCUGCAGGAACCCCAGAUCCAGAUGCAGAAGUUGUAUCUCUUUCACCGAAAACCCUAUUGGAAUCAGAUCGAUAUGUAUGUGAGAUCUGCAAUCAAGGGUUCCAAAGAGAUCAAAAUUUACAGAUGCAUAGAAGAAGACAUAAGGUACCUUGGAAACUGCUAAAAAGGGAGACACCAAUAGCAAAGAAGAGAGUAUUCGUGUGCCCUGAGCCUAGCUGUUUGCAUCAUGAUCCUUGCCAUGCUUUAGGUGAUCUUGUGGGAAUCAAAAAACAUUUCAGAAGAAAACACAGUAAUCAUAAACAGUGGGUUUGUGAGAAAUGUUCAAAGGGAUAUGCAGUUCAAUCAGAUUACAAGGCACAUCUCAAAACUUGUGGAACUAGAGGACAUUCUUGUGACUGUGGCCGUGUCUUCUCAAGGGUGGAGAGUUUCAUUGAACACCAAGAUUCUUGCAGCAUGGGGCGCCUCAGAUCAGAAGCACACAAUAAUUUACAGCCUGCAGCUUGUUUAUCUCGAACAGCCUCAAGCCCUAGUCCCUCUAGUGACACCAAUGUUACCCCAAUAUUUUCUGCACCACUCUCUUUACCAAAUCCAAAAAUGGACACCAAUUUCUUGAGACCUGCAGGUGAUUCUAGUCAAAAUUUCAAGAAUUCCAGGCUACCCAAUUUAGAGCUCCAGCUCUUAACCAAAAUGGAUGAAAAUCAGUCAACUCAACUUCAACUCUCUAUUGGGUCAUCAGAAAUCAGUGAAAAAACCGAAAUGGAUAAUGCAAAUAUGUGCAGUAGUGAGAAGCCAAACAUGGCUGCAGCAGUGCCACCAUCGAGACGACUAAAAGAACAGGCGGAGGAACAGUUUAGGUUAGCCAUGGCUGAAAAGGCUUAUGCAGAAGAUGCAAGACAACAGGCCAAGCGACAGAUUGAAUUGGCAGAACAAGAAUUUGCCAAUGCAAAAGGAAUCAGACAACAAGCACGAGCAGAACUAGAGAAAGCACUGGCCUUGAAACAACAUGCUAUAAAUCAAAACAAUUCAACUACGUUACAAGUUACUUGCCAUGCUUGUAAGCAGCAGUUUCAAGCUUCACGUUCAGUGACAGAAACACUGUCCGCCAACGGAAAUUCACUGGGAUUGAGUUACAUAUCAUCGUGUUCAAGAGAAAGGGGUAUCAAGAAAGGUGAUCAUAGUGAUAAGUGAUAAUUGAUAAUCUUAUUAAGUUUGUUGUAUUCAAGAUAAUGUAGUUGUUCUUCCUUUAACUGAGAGUUCGUAUUCAAGAUCUUUAGAGUUUGAUUAUUUCAAAAACAAUAAUGUGAAUGUAAGGCUUUGUUUCCCCUCAUUUUUCUUAAAAGAAUAUGAGGUUUCUUGAUAUAAAUCAAAAAUCCCAUUUAUGGUUGUUUA